AGACACGCACACUCCCUCGCUCCCGCUCGCUCGCUCACUCCCUCGCUCUCUCGCUCUCUCGCUCACACACACGCGCGCACACGCCGCCGCGGCUCCCCUUCUCGCUCCCGCUCUCCCUCCGGCUCCUCCGGGCGGCCGCGGGGCUCCGGACUCGCCCGCUGCCCGCGCCGGGGCUUCCGCCCCACGCAGCGUCCCGAGGCGGCAGGACUUGGGGGAGCCCCGGGCCGCUCCCCGAGGCUCCUGAUGGAAGGGGAAGGCCCCUAAUCCUGGCGGGAUCCACCUGCCUCAACCCGCAUCCUCUCUGCGCAGGAACCAUGGCGCUUCCCCGACUCUGGAGCUGUCCAGGCGCUGCCUGGUGAUCCGCACGCGACGCGGCGAGGGGGGCGCGGGCGGAGACCCCGGGGGCUGUCCAUGCCCCGGAUGCGGCCGCGCCCCCUCCCCCUCCAGCCGGGCACCCCCGAGGCUGGGCGGCGUUCAGGGCCGCGGGCCUGUCCGCGUGCCCCGUCGGGGUCGACAUCCCGGCGGCCGCGCUGAGGCCACCAUGUGACACGGCGCCGCAUCGUUGUGCGACCGAGCACCGGCGCCCUGGUGCCUCCCGUCCAUGCUCCUGGGCCCCGGCCCCGCGCAGGCCAAGCAUGAGGCCGAGGCCCGAAGGUAGGGGGCUCCGGGCGGGAGCCGCGUUGUCCCCCGCGCUACUGCUGCUGCUGCUGCUGCUGCUGCUGCUGCCGCCGCCGCAGACGCUGCUGGGGCGCCUGUGGGCAGCGGGCACGCCCGCGCCGUCAGCGCCUGGAGCUCGGCAGGAGGGCGCGCUGGGAGCCGGCCGCGUCAAACGCGGCUGGGUGUGGAACCAGUUCUUCGUGGUGGAGGAGUACACGGGCACGGAGCCCCUGUACGUGGGCAAGAUCCACUCUGACUCUGACGAGGGUGACGGGGCCAUCAAGUACACCAUCUCAGGCGAGGGUGCUGGGACCAUUUUCCUGAUCGACGAGCUGACAGGCGACAUUCAUGCCAUGGAGCGCCUGGACCGCGAGCAGAAAACCUUCUACACGCUGCGGGCCCAGGCUCGGGAUCGCGCCACCAACCGCCUGCUGGAGCCCGAGUCGGAGUUCAUCAUCAAGGUGCAGGACAUCAAUGACAGUGAGCCCCGCUUCCUGCACGGCCCCUAUAUUGGCAGCGUGGCCGAACUCUCACCCACAGGCACGUCGGUGAUGCAGGUGAUGGCCUCGGAUGCGGAUGACCCCACGUACGGCAGCAGCGCUCGGCUGGUGUACAGCGUGCUGGACGGCGAGCACCACUUCACCGUGGACCCCAAGACCGGUGUAAUCCGGACGGCUGUGCCUGACCUUGACCGCGAGAGCCAGGAGCGCUACGAGGUGGUGAUCCAGGCCACAGACAUGGCGGGUCAGCUGGGUGGCCUCUCGGGCUCCACUACCGUCACCAUCGUAGUCACCGACGUCAAUGACAACCCACCCCGUUUCCCGCAGAAGAUGUACCAGUUCAGCAUCCAGGAGUCAGCCCCCAUCGGAACGGCCGUGGGACGUGUGAAGGCUGAGGACUCAGACGUGGGAGAGAACACGGACAUGACUUACCACCUUAAGGAGGAGAGCGGCAGCGGCGGCGAUGUGUUCAAGGUCACCACAGACAGCGACACUCAGGAGGCCAUCAUCGUAGUGCAGAAGCGCCUGGACUUCGAAUCCCAGCCCGUGCACACCGUGAUCCUGGAGGCCCUCAACAAGUUCGUGGACCCCCGCUUCGCCGACCUGGGCACGUUCCGCGACCAGGCGAUCGUGCGCGUGGCCGUGACCGACGUGGACGAGCCCCCCGAGUUCCGGCCACCCUCCCGCCUCCUGGAGGUGCAGGAGGACGCGCAGGUGGGCUCCCUGGUCGGCGUGGUGACGGCGCGGGACCCCGACGCCGCCAACCGGCCCGUCCGGUACGCCAUUGACCGCGAAUCAGAUUUGGACCAGAUCUUCGAUAUCGAUGCGGACACAGGCGCCAUCGUGACUGGCAAGGGGCUGGACCGCGAGACAGCCGGCUGGCACAACAUCACGGUGCUGGCCAUGGAGGCGGACAAUCAUGCCCAGCUAUCCCGGGCAUCCCUAAGGAUCCGAAUCCUGGAUGUGAACGACAAUCCCCCAGAACUGGCCACACCCUACGAGGCAGCUGUAUGCGAGGAUGCCAAGCCAGGCCAGCUCAUCCAGACCAUCAGCGUGGUGGACAGAGACGAGCCCCAAGGCGGGCACCGCUUCUAUUUCCGCCUGGUGCCUGAAGCUCCCAGCAACCCUCAUUUCUCUCUGCUUGACAUCCAAGACAACACUGCUGCAGUGCACACGCAGCACGUGGGCUUCAACCGGCAGGAGCAGGACGUGUUCUUCCUGCCCAUCCUGGUAGUGGACAGCGGGCCACCCACACUGAGCAGCACGGGCACACUCACCAUCCGCAUCUGUGGCUGCGACAGCUCCGGCACCAUCCAGUCCUGCAACACCACGGCCUUUGUCAUGGCGGCCUCCCUCAGCCCCGGCGCCCUCAUUGCCCUCUUGGUCUGCGUUCUCAUACUGGUCGUGCUGGUGCUGCUGAUCCUCACCCUCAGGCGCCACCACAAGAGCCACCUGAGCUCGGACGAGGAUGAGGACAUGCGGGACAACGUCAUCAAAUACAACGACGAAGGCGGCGGCGAGCAGGACACCGAAGCCUACGACAUGUCGGCGCUGCGGAGCCUCUACGACUUCGGCGAGCUCAAGGGCGGCGACGGGGGCGGCGGCGCGGGCGGGGGCGCGGGCGGGGGCUCGGGCGGGGGCGCGGGCAGCCCCCCGCAGGCCCACCUACCCUCCGAGCGCCACUCGCUGCCGCAGGGGCCGCCGAGCCCCGAGCCGGACUUCUCAGUGUUCAGGGACUUCAUCAGCCGCAAGGUGGCGUUGGCGGACGGGGACCUAUCGGUGCCGCCCUACGACGCCUUCCAGACCUACGCCUUCGAGGGCGCGGACUCACCGGCCGGCUCGCUCAGCUCGCUGCACAGCGGCUCGUCGGGCUCCGAGCAGGACUUCGCCUAUCUCAGCAGCUGGGGUCCGCGCUUCCGGCCCCUGGCCGCGCUCUACGCCGGCCACCGCGGGGACGACGAGGCUCAGGCCUCCUAGCCCCGCGCCCUGCCGUCGGGGCGCGGCUGCUCACCAGCCCAGCACACGCCGGGGCCCCCAGGCAACGCGUUUCCCCGCGGACCCCCUUCCCUGCCCUCCCCAACCCUCCCUCGGCGGCCGGACGGAGGAGGACUUGCUAGGAGCGGAUUCUCCCGCUCCUCCUCCUAUAGGGGUACAACUUGGGAGCCCAGAGGUGCGGGAUUCUGACCAACGGCAUUAAAACUGAGGCGAGACCGGGCGCUGCGUGGCUCUGGGGUUAGAAUGGGAGAUGGGGGUGGCGUUGCAGAGUCGGGAAGGGACGGGUCACUCAAUCCUGGCCUGGGGGAGAAUGCUGGAGGGAGCACGCCGCUGAGAUGCCCCCACCCCAGGUUUCCCCCAUCAGAGUUAAGAGGAAAGAAGGCUGUUCAUUUACUAAGCACCUACUGUGUGCUGGGACGCUGUACAGAAACCAGCUCAGUCGUCAGAGAAACCAUGAGGUGGUGUCCUGCACGGAAUAGAAGGGGAAAGGACCCCAGAGAAGUGGUUGUGACCCGUCCAAAGGCACCUGGCCAGUGAAUGGCAGAGCCUCUGGCACUGGCCAGCUGCCUGGCCUCGGGCAAGUCACUUCACUUCUCUGGGCCUCAGUUUCCUCAUCUGUCAAAUGGGGUUAAUAACAGAACCUACCUCGAAGAGUUGUGAGGCUGAAAAGGGUUCAUAUGUGUCAAGUGGUUAGGACAGUGCCUGGCACAUAGUAGGUGUUCAAUAAAUGCUAGCCUUUGUUACUAUUCUUA